AUGAGUUCGAUCGGGAAAUCUAUACGGGAUAGGGCGCCGAAAUGUUCUAUUGUUCUUAACAAUGUUUUGGCAGUCGUAUUUAGACCGACUUCAACAGCGGUGCAGGUCAAAAACCUUACCCAAGAUGAACACUGCGAGAAGGAAAAUUCUAAACUGCCGCACCAACUCUCUGGGCUCGAGUUGUUCGAUGCGUUUAAGGAAGCAAAUCGAUCGACGAUGCUAACAAGGUUGACGGAAAGUUUAGACGAGAUUCGGCUGAAAGGUUGGGUUUUUCCUUUUACAUUGUUGAUCAAAGGACCGAAUGAAGAUGUUGAAGUCAUCAAGGAAGCAUGGAGGCGACACUUUUUACGCAGUCCCGAUAAUUUUAUCAUCAAAGAUAUAGGUAAGCUCAAUUAUUACUCGCAAUAGUUGAACGGUAGUCUCUUUAGAUUUUGUGAUCGCCGAGAUAAGGGUUUCAUAAUAAGUAUAUCGAAGUAUCGAGGUCAGUCAGUGCUGGAAGUCUGGUCUUCCAAAUGAGAUUAUUUGAAUCAAAAACCCUUAACACAAUUUCCCUUUAUGACGUAGAGACAAUCUCGCGGUUUCAUGUGUGAUUUGACUGUGGUGCCCAAAAUCGUUUCAACUCUUUAAGUCCCUCGCAAGAAUGACUCGCUGCUCCAUCGAAUUCGCAACGUUUACAACCUUGAAUUUUAAAAAUAACCACUUGCUUUCUGGAUACGAUCGAAGGCUGUUUUAUAGUUUUGGUUUUCGGUAAACAAGUUGAUUUUUCAGACAGGUGUAUUUUAUAUGACGCCAUACAUGCUAUUGGCAAAACAGAACAGAGGCCAGUUUUCUACAGCCAGCCUUCAGCAGCAAAGACCAGAAUUUUCUCUGCUCUAGAAAACUCUUAAAUCAAUAUUCAACUACCGGCAUACCCAGACGAAUUCGAGCGACUGAUCGAUUGAUAUGCGCGUGGGAACUUUUGUAUCGUCUCUAACAUUUCAACUUUUUUAUUACAAAAUGAUUUACUUAAAGACCAACACAAGAAACAUUCAAACAUGAUCCAGAGUUAAUCCUAAGUAUUUGAUGCAAGUUUACUUUUAUUUCCCUAAUUUGAAUUUUCCAUUAAAACAGAUUGUCAAAGGUCAGGGUUGGAUGAUAAUGAAUAGCCUUGCCUCAAUUAGUAGAUAAUGUUUUAUGUCCUCUAAAUCUAACCAGAUAGGACUUAAAAGAACUGAAAAAAGCGCUAUAUGCGAAACUACAGGCGUACUUUUAACAAGUGCAACAUUCGCGGGCUAGAUCUUGUGUCCAUUUGCUCAACAUAGCAUCAUCCCCUAAGGACAAAAUUAUAGUUAUUUUGUUUAUUGUGAUCUGUCUUUUGUUGAUGUCUUUUAUUUUUUAAAAGCGGCAGAGAAUAAACCGUUUAAAACGUUCCCUUGCUGUGAUAACCAGUUCCAAAAGGCAGCCACCAAUCCCUGCAACAAUAGACUCACACGACUUCAUACAAUCACUUUUUGUUUGUUUUUUUGCUUUGUGAGUUUUGGAUAACACGCAACAGAGUUGUUCUUUUUCCUGGUUUUUUUUAUUACUCUUGGAUUAUAAUGAAUUGCCUUAGUGAAGUCUAGAGGUAGCUUUGUUAUAAGGAGAGAACUGCAAGCUAUUCAACUUGAAAAAAGCAGCUUAAGUACCGGAUGUGCUUUUCAAAUCGCUUUCUCGAAGGCUUAACAUGGCUUUUUCUGUCAACCCAAUCUUGUUGUUUUCGCACAAGGCAUGUAAACUAUAACAUUUGCCUUCCUAUUGAGUACACAAAUCUUUUCAAAAAAGUACAAAGAAAAAAUCCGCUGCGUCAUUGCUUAUUCCUUCGAACAUGACUUGCAUUUCAAAUUAGUUUUGAUGAUUUCUUGACAUAAGUUUCAUUGGUUCUAUAUUCCAUUGACAACGUGCUUCUUCUUACGCCGAGGCUAUCAACGAGAUUUUUCAUAUUAAGAGGAUCAAGACUCUAAAAAACGUUAAACAGAUGUGAUUUGAUAAUUUUUAGCUCGGUGAGAAGGCACGGGCGGACCCUUUUGUUUUAUAAAAAAGAAAUUGCGUUUUCAACUGGAACAAAAACAGCAUUAAGUAAACUAUCACUUGUAGGAACACCGUAAAGCAGAGAGACACAGUCGGAGAAAAAAUCAUUAUAGCAUGUCUAUAGUGAUAACGAUAAAGAUAAAUUGAAAAAAACGGGAAAUGAGGUCUCUGAUUUCCUACUCUUUUCUGUAAUCUGAUUUUCCCUCUUUCUUUGUUUUGAUUAUUCUUUGAUUUUUUAAUUUGUGUUAUUAUUUCGAUAGGGUUAACUUUCGGAUACACUGAAAGGAUCUUUAGAACGAAGUUCAAACGUUGUUAGCAUUUUCCGAACGAAUAUUGAAAUGCGACUGAACUGUUCAAAUAUCAUUUUAGUCUUCCCAAGUGGCUAAUUCCGAGAUGCAUAUGUGACAUUAUUUUAUUACUGUCGUCAUUUUUACUUAGUUCUUUCUUGAAAAAGGGCCGUCCGGAACACAGAUUUUUUAAGCAAAAGUAGGAUAGAAACGCCGAAUGACACGAACAGUGAAAAUUACUUUUGCAAGAAACACUUGAACUGAGAGCUCUAUUAAAAAUACAAAUCAGUUUUAUCGUAACCUCUUGUUUGAACAAAUAUUUAUUUUCCAGCGUUGGGAUAUAUAAAUCACCUUCAAGUUUAUAUUGGCAAAGAAAUGAACAACCUAUAUAGAUUCCGUUUUACCCAAGAGAGAAUGUAAGAAAUUUAGGUUAUUCAAAAGGUUCUUAACUUAGCAAGAGGGGUCACUUCCUUAUUGUAUAUUAGCUUAUAUUUCAGCAAAUACAAAUCCUGUUAACCUCUGAGUUCAAUUUUUUUCUGCCAACUACACCACCCUGCCUGCUUACAAUUAGGAAGCUUAAGCAACUACGACGGCAGCGAGAACGGCAAAAAAACAAGAUGACAAUAACUUUGCACGUUCAUCACACUUUUUUUGCACAUUUGUUUCUCGUCGUUGCACAACCACGACGUAAAACUGCCUAAUUUCACGUUUUGUUUCUUCACGAUUUUCUAUCAUAGCUCUAAAUUCGUUUUUGAAACUUAGAUGAGCCGAGGCAGUCCUUUAGAAUUCAGCUCCAGAAACUAAAAUUCACCAACAUUUGACAAAUUGAACGCCAAGGAAUAAGUUAGAGCGAUGAAUUUUGAAACAGCGUGAAUUGGCUACUAACGUAGGAAUUCAAGUUCCAAAGACAAUGGAUCCAGAAUCCAGAACCUGGAAUCCUCGGAAUCCGCGACGUGGAAUCCAGGCCCCGGUUCCUGAAAGGCCGAUUAGAGCUAAUCCAGGAUAAAAAAUUUUGUUUUUUUUUAUUUACCUUCCUAUGCAUUAUCUAGCGUAAAAUUCUAUGCUAUCAUCACUGAAUCUCGGAGUAAAGACACAAAAGUAUUUUGUAAGGUCGAGUAAUAUGUCCUUAGACAAGAAAACCUUUCUUAAAAUUUGGCUUAAUCCUGGGUUAAACUUAACCAUCUUUCGAGGAACCGGUCCCUGAAUACAGGACUGGCUUGCAUUCCCUUACAUGGUGCGAUGGUUACAAUAAUGUUACCAGAAUAGGGUUGUUAGCGCUAUAAAGUUGUUUUAUAUUAGCGGCUUUUAAAGGAGCUGUGUAUUUGUAUUUUUGUAUUUUAUUUUUUACUCUAUCCUAUCGGAUAAUACAUCAGUGGUACAAUAUUAAUUAGCACAAGGUUGUUUAAACUACGUGUACACAAUAUUAUCAAGAAAAAAAUUUAGAAUGUAGAAGGGCACAUUAUAGCAAAACUAAUUAUGGCCCUUUAACAAGAUUGACUUUAUUCUAUUAUAGCUUUGUUAUUCAUUAAAACACAAACACGCACGUACGCACUGACAAACACGCACACAAGUCAAUAUUGAGCAAGAUAACAUUUUUUAAGUGCCUUUUUUAACACCAACAGGAACUCUUACACGAAAAACUAAAUUAUUUAAACACACAGAAAGACAACAAAUAACACUAAACCAGCCAGCUUCAAAAGUUCAAAACACAUCAUCAUUAUCAUCAUCAUCAUCGCUGACCGCUAUCUCAUGUAAUUUAGUAAAAUUCAGCUCAGUGUUAGAAAUGCCGGAACGUGGAAUUGCCUGAAACAUAUAAAAAAAAUUAUAAAAUAUAACCGCUUAAAACUGAUGAAGGAACAUUAAGUCAGCAUAGCAAACACAAAUGGAGGCACGGAUGGAACAAAAUUAAAGAGGGACUCAUGAUAAAAUGGAUUGUCGAAAUGUGUUUAAAAAUUCAGUGGGCAGCCUUUUACACUGAGUUGAUCUCUGCAGAUUUUUGUUUGUUUGUUUGCUAAGUCAGUUAUUUUUUUGUGAAUUUGAAUGAUACCAUUCGGACAUAUUCCUGAUUUGAUCAGUGCUUCCAAGAGCCAUAAUGGUGGUAGCCUGUGCCAGGCUCUCAGAUGGUAUAGUGGGAACGUAUUAAAACGAGCAAAGCGAAAAUAAGACGCGCACGACUUGGGAAAGGGGACGGUGGCGGCGGGAAAAAUGGGAGAGAGCCGCCCUGUCUCUCCCCAGCCCCCGCGCGUUUUUCGCAUUUCUUUUUACUGAACGACUUUUCACCGGGUCCACCAUCAUGUCGGAGCCUGGAACAGGCUAUAAUGGUGGCUCCUAAUCAGUGAUGUUGUUAGUUAAAGAGUAAUUUCAGUCGUCACCAACGUUUCCUGGGAAACUGGUGAUCGAUAAAUCUAAACGAAAUAAUCUUAACUGCCGCAACACAGCCCCUUCAAUUCAAUCCUUGGCGGCCUUAAACUUUACUUGUGACCAGUAUCUUAUUUGUCCUUAAAACACCUUUGCUUUAUCAAAAGCACAGGUCCUGAGAAUAAAAUAAAUGAUUAGUAAAGAGACAAGGUGCAAUUAACUUUAUUUUUACUAUGCAUAUAUUAGAGCUAAAUGAGUCAAAAUUAUUCUCCUCAAUGGAAAAAAAAAGGUCUGACUCUUUCAUACAUUAUUGCCUGCAGGUUUGGUCAGUUCUGUCGGUAUGGAGAUUAUUCAGCAAGCACCAUUUCUGCCAUUAACAAAGUCAUUAGUGGAAACCAUCGCGGCGCUGAAUGGAAUGCAGCUGGUCGCGACACAGGAGUCGAUUGCAGAAUAUCUGGCAAAAACCUAUCAGUACGUUCACAUGCCCAAAAUGAACGUGAUUCACGACUGCUUGGGGAUUCUCAUUAAAGAACGGCGGAUUUAUCACACAGGGAAUGGAUACUUUGUUUACACAGAGAGUCCGCCUGAGAAAACUGCAGACUCUACAAAGGAAAAACAGGAAAAUGACAAGAAAAAUGACGCGAAAGAUUCCAUUUGCAAGGACUCGAAUUCUGCCACGUGCGAGGCUACCUCCAAAAGGAAGACUGCUAAAACUGAUAAGGCAGCAAAGAAGAGGGUCAAAGGAAAAGAGAAUAGCAAGGCAAAUAGAGCCGGGAAGGAGACGGAAAAAGCUGACAGAAAAGAUUUAGUUGAUAGUGAGAGGUUGAAACGUGCGAUAGAUCAAAUGGAUGAAAAGUCCGCCAAACUCGAGCUCCCUAGUAAAGACGACAAAGCGAACAAGACUCCCAGUGAAACUACGAGCGAAAGCGGCGCCAGUGAAACCUCUACCAAAAAGGUUAAAAAGCAGAAAAAGGGCGUGCUUGAACAAUUAUCCUGUUUUAUUAAAGGAAAGUCGUUUCCAAAUUCAGACAUCGAGGAAGUGAAAGAGGAGCAGACGCCAAAAGAACCCUCCCCUCCCCCUCAAAGCAAGCCUACCCAGAAAACCGCGCCUCUCGCAGUCCAAGAGGACGUGUCACCUACUCUUUUGAGAGGUGUAGGGUUCCGACACCAACGAACUUUAUCAGCUCCUGCAGGAAGCCCCUCCUUACCGUUGAGAACUUUUAAACAGGAGCUGCAGAACUGCGGUGAAAGCCAAAUAAAAACUGAUGUCCCUAAUCCUAGGCAGCUUGCACGAAGCAAAUCUUUCGUCGCCGCGGAAAGACGUCCCAUUACACCCGCACCUUUCUUGCGAAGUAACUCAUUCUCUGCUCCGAGCACUAAAGCCGCGCGGCAGAUUUCUACUGAAAGCGGCCCUUACGUGACAUUGAACAGGCGCACGAGUAUGAAUUACGGAGACAUUAUUCGAAAUAUACCGGCCAGGCAGACAAUCCAUGUUUCAAGGCAAAUUUCGAGGAAUAUGGGAAUUGCCAGGCCUAUUCCUGGCAUGCCUCAACAGCAAACUCUUGCACGCAACAAUUCGAUGAAAAAUGAAGUACCCCAGAGGAAAGGCAGCUCAUUGUCACCUCCAAAUACCCCUAGAAAUCAUCUCUCGCCAUCCAGUACUCCUCGCUUAAAAGAAAAAUCGCAAGGACGUGUUCAUCCUCCGGUGAUGCGAAGCAAGUCUUUCACCGAGCCCAGGACGUUCAGGCCGGUAAAUCGUUCGAUUUCCCAUCGCGCAACGAUAGCUGGGCCUUAUUUCGAAUCUCCGCUGCAGCUGCUUUUGGCUAGGAGAACUAACGGGUAUAUAUCACCUCCGAGUCCCGGCGUGCGUGUUACAAUCCCCCCUAAAGGAAAGCAUUUUACCCCAGGGAAACAUCCAGCAAUGCCCAUUAAAAGGACUCCGCCCAGUUGCCCCUCGCGGAAACAGCCUGACAGCUCACCACGACCGCUCUUUCGGAAGCAAAACAUAAAUAUUUCACCAGAUAGAAAGGAAUGCACCUCCCCUGUAUGUUAUGAUACCAGUAAGAUAAAUAACAGAGUCGAAAACUGCAAAUGCAAUGGCGUCAAUAGUGUAAUUCAGAAACAGUUUACAGCCGUUUCCAAUCCAAAACACGGCUAUAAACAUGAAGACGUCAGCAACGAACAUAUCUGCAUUGAAGAAAUGACGUCAUCAGGAUCAGAAACAGAGGACAGUUACAGGGAGACUGUGGUUGAAAGUGAGAGCAAGUCACUGGGUGUGUACAAGAAGAUAACUGAAGACGGCGUCAACGAUAGCCUGACAUUUAUUGGAAUUAUCUAAUCAAGUGACAGCCGAGUUAUCAUGAAACAACGGGACUUUUGUUCGACCGCGGAUAACAUGGUCAACAAAGUUAGUUCUACCCUGUUGCACAUUAUCAAAAACCUUUAAGCUGCGGUGUCGGCAGCGGAAAGCUUAACUAACAGGGGCGGAUCCAGGAUUUUUUUUAGGAGGGGGUGCACUCGUCUCUUGCUCUACUUCAACACCAAUAAACCACAUAGUUUUUUUUUUUUGCAGAAUACCAGUUGUAUUAGAAAACCGCAGGUCAUUUCAGGGGGGGGGGGUGCUCACCCCCUGCACCCUCCCCCUAGAUCCGCCCCUGACUAAUAAAGUUAAUUUCGCGUUUUUUCAACCUCUGUCGGGUUUAUCCGACUCCUUCAAAUUAAUUGUUUGUAAAAUAUAAGUGACAUAUGAUUAUCUCGGAGUCAAACUCUUAAGGGUCGACCUGAUCCUGUUUACCGAGAGAACUGAGAAAUUCGUCGACUUUGGUACACGCUGAGAGGAGCCGGCUCCUGACACUGAUAAAUUUUAAGACUUUAUUACUACUCUCUAAAAAUCCAGCAAAUACUUAUCUGCGAUUGAGAGCAGCAUUUGUUUACGAACUGCUAGCAGUAGUUGUUGAUUAACGCGAGUGUUUAUAGCAAAAAUUCUUCUGCUGUAAAUUUGCCUUAAAGCGAACGUACAUGGAAACGUUGACAAAGCAAACGUUGCCCGGAAUUGCCAAGUUUACAUGGUGAUUUCAAUUGUUAACUGUAAAUAGUGAACAGAAAUAUUUAGAGUUGAGAUGAAUUUAUUAAUUUUUUAGUACAUAAAUAUGUAUUUGGGGAAAUGAUAUUUAGCUUUUUCAAGAAAAAGUUUGGAGCAUUUAUAUUUUUAUUUUUAUUUUAAUCAAAC